AUGAUUGGGAAGGCAAAGGAGCUUCCUGAUGCGCAAGCGGUCAAUUUUCGUCAAGAGGUGAUAUGUGAUGCGGUCGUGGCUGCUUUUCAGGGAAACCAAGACAUGAUCUCAGAAGCAAAUAGUGCUAUGAAGACUACCUCAGCCCUUGCUGGUGCGUCAUUGGGCUUUCUCAAGCAUCAGCAGGAACGACUGAAAAUAGAAGAUGAAGUGUCACUUCGCACUUUUCUUUCUAUCCUGUGCGCCAAAGUCUUGAAGCAGUACUACAAGAGAACAAAGGAGCAAGCUCGAUCGCCAACUGCAUUAUCCGAAUCCAAUGAUCGUAUGGUUCCUGUCAACUAUCUCAUCAGCAAAACAGAGCUCUCUCAUUCCUACGAUGUUCACAAGUUUGUUCUUCAAGCUGAGCGCGUUGCGAAAUGGUUCGAUGCAUCAAAGGAUUCUGUUAACGCUUCGGAUUACGAAGAUGCACCUUACUUUUGUGUCAUACAGUCGAGCGGGAUGGGAAAGACCAAAGCUCAAUCUCGAAGCAUUAUGGAGGAAAAAACAGCCUUGGAUGCUGCAACGGCAGUUCUUGAACACCUGAAUACUUUCUACGACAAACAAGUAGCUGAAGCAUCCAAUCAGCACGAUAAUGAAAAUAUCAUAUUUCUUUGUUUCGAUGAAGCCCAGGUAUACUUGGAAUCCCAAAGGUUCCAGAACGACAAGGGCGCCGAGAACGUUAAACAUCCUGCAUUUCUAUUUCGAUGCAUUCGGCUAUGGCUUCGGCAGAAGAAACGACAUCAGGAAGUGAUUGGUUGCUUUUCUGGUACGCUUGCAACCUUGGCAAGCUUCCGACUGGAGGCUGAUCCACAGCUGUCAGUUCCAUCAUCUCGAGACUUCACGCCAAGUGGCAAGCAGUACAACUUCUAUGAUAAAGGCGCAAAGAUGUUUCCAAUAUUUCUUCAGACAACCACAAUGGGCUGCCUCGCGGGUCGAAAUUUGGAGGGAGAUAAAGAAUUGGGUAAGCAUACGACAGAGUAUCGUCAUGCGAUCCGCCAUGGACGACCGCUCUUUGAGCUCAUGGAGGAAAAUGGAGAUCAGCAAGAAAUGAAGGAUCAGUAG